CAACUCCCAUUGCCUUUCACUUUUCUCCAUGGGUACUCGUGGUUAUUAUGUCUAUCGCUGGAGAGGCUGGUAUUUCAUACAAUACAGCCACCUCGACUCGUAUCCCGAUGGUCUUGGCUUAAUAGUCUGCGGCAAUGUACCAUCUGCAGACUGUGAUCCCCAAGUCUUCGAUAAUUGGUUCAAAAGGGCCACAAGGCGAUUGGAUGGCGACCUGGAGAAAUACCGGGUAGAAAAACGAUGUCGUCAAACCCUUCAAGUCAAUGAUAAUUACUCCAUCUCUCGCAAACAACCACAGAACGAUAUCUUUAUCGAAUGGAUAUACGAAAUCGACUUAGACAAUCUCGUAUUUCAUGUCAACUCCAUUCCUAUAUUCCGCCUCGAUUGCAUGCCUUCGUCGGGCGAUUUUUGCGGAUUCAUCUCUACGAAUCACUAUGGCGGACUAGGCUACGCUGAGGAUAUGCCAGAAUGUCACCGAUAUGAAGCCAACUGGGUCACGUCGCCACCAGAGAUCAGUAGUCAACAACUAGAGGCCUACAAACGACUCGAGGCAACGGUCGAGGAGGAUAUCGCUCCUCUUGCAAUGUCUGUCGUUUCGAGCACCCGUCUUCGUCUCUUGGAAGCAAUGGUGGGGGUGUUAAUGACGAUGGACAGGAAUACUCGUAACAUUAUCAAUCUUCAUAACGUCUCCAGUCGUGAUUCCUUUACCAGAGCCAGCUUACGUACCCUUUGGAUCUUCGCCUGGACAGCUCUAUCGCCCCCCAAGUACGGGGAGCAGUGGGAAGCGGUUCUUGCAGCCUCUCAUUAUCCUGCUACAGUGUCUGAGGAUGACUGCCUGGCAGUAUGGUUGCGCGAGAAUCUUUGUGUGUACACCUGGACACAUUUGGAUGAUGAACCCAACCUGAAAGCAGCCGUCGUUACCGUUAUUGAAUGCAUGCGUUCACGGCAUCGUGUUUUAGACUCCUUUGGUGCUGUCUUUUCUCUCUACCAUUGUGUUCUUGUUCGGCUAGAAGGAGGGACAGGAAAAGUUACUCAUACAGACGUGCUGGACUUCCUUCCAUCCUGGUACGCUUAUUCCCCGAGCACGCCGGGUAUAACUGCCGUUGCCCGUCUCUGUGAAUACCUUGAUGAUCUCUCCCAGGGACAUCCCGAUAUCAUCGUCUGCAAUACCGAGCCUCUACGCACACAGUUACCACAUGAACUGUUGGCCCGAAUUUCGGAGCACAUCUACGACAGCUCCACGCUUCUAGCAUAUGCCCGAGCCUCUGUGCAAACGCGAGCUGCAUGCAAAGCUAUGCUAAUGAAACCGUGGGUGAAUGACCUGCAGUUCCUGGCUGUGCAUCCUGAUUCUGUUCUCUGUCAUGACGAGGAUGGCCCUGAUUCGGCACACGCGAAUGAGCACGUGGAAGUAGAGGACGAGGAUGGGGAUGAAGAAUGGUAUGUUAGGAGCAACCGCUUUACAUUCCUAAGCAACGCGAAAUUUCAUACCCGAAUCUUCGAUGAAAACCACCCCGAUGCCGUGUUUUCUAUCCCGAAUCUAUUGUAUCGAAGAGACAUUCUUCAGGCCUUAAAUGUAGUUGAGGGCAUUGUAGCAGUCAACGCAAAGCGAGGGGUAAACAAAUGAGCUGUUUUCAUUUUCCAUUUCCAUUGCAUAUUUCCCGGCGAGAGUUGCUCCAAAACCAUGCUCAUCUAUACGUUACAGCAUGUAAUAAUCAGUAAAUAC